GAGAGAAGCUGUUGUAUUGGUAAAGGCGGUCUCUAACAUUCUUCAAAAACUAAGAAGAAGAAGAAGAAGAAGAAGAAUAUUGCGAAUUCCCAUGGUUUGAGGCAUGUACGGCUCCAUAUUCACGUCCUCUACUUCAUUCUCAGUCGCUGUCACACACACGAUCGCUGAUCAACCUAGAUUCCGUUGCAUCGACAGGCUUAGCAAUUUACCAUGGGAUGUAUUAGACAGCAUUCUUGUACGCAUUCCCUUGAAAGAAGCUGUGAGGACUAGUGUUUUGUCUACAAAGUGGAGGCUCAAAUGGACUGGCCUCUCCCAAUAUCUCAUUGAUGAUAGAAUCUUCCCCACCGGUUUAGUGUUGGACCCGGUAGGCAGAGGGGAUCAAGUUGCGGGAAUCUUGCAUCAAGUUCAAGUGAAUCACAAUGGCCCAAUUGAGAAGUUCAAGUUCUCUGCUUAUUGUCGUUUGGACCAUUCAGUUUUACUUCAGUGGAUCAUUUUCUUAGGUGGGAGAGGUGUAAAUGAGUUUCUUUUGGAGAGGUUUGAUUCUCCCAUGCCUUUUGAGUUUCCUUUUGAUCAGUUCUCUUGUCCAAAGCUGAGGCAUUUGAACCUUUUUUGUUGCACUAUCAAGCUACCAAUUGUUCAUGCUUUUGAAGGGUUUAACCACCUUACAAGCCUUCAGCUCACUGAAGUUAGCAUCAACACAGAAACGCUAGAGUGCUUGAUUCACAAGUGCUCUGUUCUUGAGAAAUUGACAUUGUUGGACUUGGAGUUUGGUGAUCCAAUUUUCUUGAAGAUUCAAAACACAAAACUUAGAUAUCUGAAGAUAAUUUCAGCAAUUGGAGAUAUAAUUCUUCACGAUAAUCCUUUCCUAGUUAGUGUUGAAAUUCGCUUGAGAAUCCCACCUAUACCGAAUAUUUUGGAACAGGAUAGCAAUUUAGUCAGGAUCUUUAGUUCCUUGCAGGGGAUUAGAAGACUUGCUCUGUCGAAUUUCUCUGUUUUGUUUUUUUCAAAUGGAAUUAUCCCAGAAAAGCUUCCUUGUCCGCUUCACAACCUGACAGUUGUUGAACUGAGUGAAGUAUCAGUUGAUACUUUGAAGCAAGCCAUGGUUUGUCUCAGCCUGAUCAAGAGUGCUCCAAACUUGGAGGAACUAUUCAUUUCAGUUGCUCGACCAUUUACUAAUGGAAAAUUUGUGACUGAUUUUCUGAGUGAUAAAUGUCGGUUUGGCUUGUAUUUCAACCGGCUUAAAGUAGUGAAGGUCAGAGGUGUAUGGGAAAUGGAUCAUGCUUGGCACUUUGUCAAGUUUAUACUUGCUAAUUCACCAGUGCUUGAGACUUUGACUAUAGUAUCCUUAAGAGAUGGAAGGUUUACAGAAGAACAAUUAGCGCAAUUGGAUCGAGCCUCAGAACGUGUGAAGAUUUUAAGCUUAACUGCAUGCAGUUAAGACCCCUUUUAGCAUUCCUCAAUUUAAGUAGGAAGUAGCUCUGUUUGGUGAUUUUCAUCAUCCCUUUGAUGUAAAUGCUGUUUGAUAGUCUUAUUUUUUUUUCCUUUUCUUGAGAAAGCUAAGCUAUAAUACAGGAUUUUGAGAUUGGUUUUAAGUUGACGUAUGUAUGUACGUGUAAUUGGUUUGAGUUUAAAUCCUAAUAAUUAUGGGGUUUUUCAUGUUAGAAG